GCCUGCUCUAAGAUUCGGAACUUUUUUCUACCUGGCAACACUUCCAUCGGUGUUUUUCGGGCAUAGAGCAUUUUAAUCUGAAAAAAAGGGAAUUUUUUUUUGUGCAAUGGAAGGUGCGGUUAAGCUAAAUAAUUCGAACAACGCCUCGCCGUUGCCCCAGCGCCAGCAGAGGGGCAAUCUGGCCAAUAAGAAUCUCGGCAAGCACACGGCCCCGAAGCAAAAUGCCGCGAGCGACGGUAAUCCUGUUGAAAAAAAGCCACGAUUCGGGCCGAACACCCAGAACGGCGGAGGAGGAGGAGGUGGUGGUGGAGUAGCCGGCGGCGGUGGUGGUGGUGGUGGUGGUCCCGCAGGAGGCGGUGGCCGCGGCGGUUUCACCGGGAAUCGCGGCAAUCGCGGAGGCAACCAAAAUCAAAACCGGCAGGGUUUCCAGGGUGCCAAUAAUGCAAAUCAGAAGCCGACGAACGAAUCACCAAAGCCGCCGGCUGCGGGCAAUGUGCCCGCAAAGAACAAUGAACCCGCCGCUGCCAAUCCAGUGCAGCCGAAUCAGAAUGCCGGCCAGGGUCAGGGCAAUCAAGGCAAUCCAGGUAACCAAGGACAGGGCUUCCGAGGACGCGGCCCAAAUCAGAAUCCCAACCAGAACCAAGGCGACCAAGGAGGACCGGGCAAUCAAGGCGGCCAGGGAAACCAAGGAGGACAAGGCUUCAGAGGACGCGGCGGCGGAGGAGCCAACCAGAAUGGUGGUGGCAACCAGGGAGGCAAUCAAGGCUUCCGAGGACGCGGCGGUGGUGGCCAAAAUCAAACCAUCGGCGGUGGAGGAGGCGGAAACCAACAGCAGCGCGGCGGCAAUCGCGGCAACCGCUCCGGAGGCCAAGGAGGCAUGAACAACACCAUGAUGGGCGGCGGCGGCGGUGGUCAGCGCGGCGGCGGCGAGGACUUCUUCAUUGCCCAGCGACUGCGCAGCAUUGGAGGACCCACCCACGAGCUGCCGCCCAUUGAGGUGCCCACCGAGACCAAGUUUUCGGGACGCAAUCGCCUGUAUGUGGGCAACCUGACCGGCGACAUCACCGACGACGAGCUGCGCGAAAUGUUCAAGCCGUACGGCGAGAUCUCCGAGAUCUUCUCGAACCUGGAGAAGAACUUUACAUUCCUGAAGGUCGACUACCAUCCGAAUGCCGAGAAGGCCAAGCGCGCCUUGGAUGGCUCGCUGCGCAAGGGUCGCCAGCUGCGCGUGCGAUUCGCACCCAAUGCCACCAUUCUGCGCGUGAGCAACCUCAACCAGUUCGUGUCCAACGAGCUGCUCUACCAGUCCUUCGAGAUCUUCGGGCCCAUCGAGCGGGCCAGCAUCACUGUGGACGAUCGCGGCAAGCACACCGGCGAGGGCAUCGUGGAGUUCGCCAAGAAGUCCUCGGCCAGCGCCUGUCUGCGUUUGUGCAACGAGAAGUGCUUCUUUCUCACCUCCUCGCUGCGUCCGUGUCUGGUGGAGCCCAUGGAGGUGAACGACGACAAUGACGGGCUGCCCGAGAAGGCGCUGAACAAGAAAAUGCCCGAUUUCUGCCAGGAGCGCAGCGUGGGGCCGCGCUUUGCCGACAUGAACUCGUUCGAGCACGAGUACGGUUCGCGCUGGAAGCAGCUGCACGGGCUGUUCAAGAGCAAGCAGGACGCCCUCAAGCGGGAGCUCAAGAUGGAGGAGGACAAGCUGGAGGCCCAGAUGGAGUAUGCCCGCUAUGAGCAGGAAACGGAGCUGCUGCGCCAGGAGCUGCGGAAGCGCGAGGUGGACAACGAGCGCAAGAAGCUCGAGUGGGAGAUGCGCGAGAAGCAGGCCGAGGAGAUGCGCAAGCGCGAGGAGGAGACGAUGCGUCGUCACCAGGGCGAGAUGCAGAGCCAUAUGAUACGCCAGGAGGAGGACAUGCGGAUUCGCCAGCAGGAGAACGCCCUGCUGAUGCAGGCCCAGCAACUCAACUCGCUGCUUGAUCAGCAGGAGGGAUUCGGCGGCGGUGGCGGCAGCAAUAGCGGAUUCGACAACUUUGGGCCCGACUCGCCGUUUGAGGUUUUCCGGAACAACAACAGCAACAACAACUCCACCAUGGUGGGAGGAAGCAACUCGGGUCCCGGAGGUCAGGACAAGCUAGACGGCUUUGAGUUCGGAGCCGGCGGAAAUCAGCGCGGCAGCAAUGUGGGCGGAAAUAACGCCCCUUGGGGACGCCGACGCUUUUAGACACUGAACCCAACUACCCACUUAAUGAUAAAAUAUAAACGUAAUCUCAUCCGAUUAUGCUUUACAUUUGACAUUUCGCUCGGCUGCGAGUGAACAACAUGAAUAUG